AUGGGCCGCAGCAACGUGUUUCUCACCGAGAUUGAACACGAGUUGGCGAUCUGCUACAACGACAUGUCGUGCUUGGAGAACAUGCACUGCAGCAAGCUCUUCCAGAUUUUAGCGAAGCACGAGUGCAACUUGUUCUCCGAGUUAAACGAGGUCAUCUAUAGCCACAUCCGGCACAUCAUCGUGGACUCCAUCAUCGCCACAGACUUUGCGCAACACGGCGGCAUGGUCAAGGAGUUUGAGUCAAUGUAUGGUGUGAAUGCGGAGCUCUUUGACACCGCAGAUGAAAUGUACAUGAAUACAGAGGAAUUUCCUCCGCGUGAACUCAUGGAGUACUUCAAAACCCCAGAUGUGAAAAAGACACUCAGGACGGUGCUCCUGCAUUUCGCGGACAUCUCCAAUCCCAUGAAGCCUUUCCCGGUGGCCGAACGCUGGGCCGAGCUGGUUCUCAAAGAGUUCGCACUGCAGGGAGAGGAAGAGAAGGCACUUGGGAUUCCCGUGGGGCCGCUGAACGACAAGAAGACGGUGAGUCUGCCACUGUCACAGAUUGGAUUUAUCGAGUUCGUGGUGGCCCCCCUCGCCCUAGCGAUGGCCCGAGUGCUGCCUCCGGUGUGGUUCACCAAUCAGAUGAUCAUCGACAACGCCAACAUCUGGAUGGAUAAGUGGAUUGAAGAUACGCUGCUGAAACCGAGCCUCGAAGAACAGGUUCAGGUGCGCGAGAGGAUUCACAGGAUGGUGCAGAAGACCGAGCAGCGGGGCUUUACCGCCACUCUGGCGCAGAUGGAGAACUGAGGUCUGCGUUGGUGAAAUUCCCGUGAUGCCAAUGCAUUUGAAUCGACAUGGUCUGGUUUGGGCGACUUAACGAAGAGCUUUUCGGCUGUGCAAAAACCCGACAUCAGGUGACAAAUGAAGAUUCAAGGACCCAGACAUGGCGGACUUCCGGCAAAGCGUUUUUUUUGCUUCG